UACAGUAUUUCACUGCACCGCACCGUCUCUCUCUCUCCUCUCCCUCUCCCUCUCCCUCUCCCUCUCCCCGAUUCAAAUCCAAAUCGAAGAGGUUUAACCAGGGUUUUUAAAAAUAAAAAUAAAAAAAGUCCUAAACUUCAAAACCCUAAAUCCAAUCAUAGCAUAAAACCUUCCUCCUCGCUGCCCAGGGCUUCCAUAGAUCGAUCGAUUUCAGUUUGUCCACUCAUUUGAUUCCGUGUCUUCUUUGACGCUUCAAGUAUGUCUCGCUCCAAACCCUAGAAUUCAACGCUGAUAAAGGGGGGAAUGAGAAAUGAAAUGGAUGAUAAAUGGGUGAGGAUGGAUGGUGCUAUUGAGUGUUAAUAUCUAAUGUGAAGUGAUAUGAGGUAUUGAAUAUGAGCCAUGGAGGUGGGGAGAGUGGAAGAUUGCAUGACAAAGCAGGGCAUAGUGGUAAGAGAAAGUCGCGUGUUAGUGGAGAUGAAUUUACUCGAGCGAUUGCGAAGAUUGCUGUAGCGCAAAUGUGUGAGACUGUGGGGUUUCAGUCCUUUCAGCAGUCUGCACUUGAGAAAUUAUCUGAUGUUACUACUUGGUAUAUACGGAAUUUAGGAAAGACUGCUCAGUUCUAUGCUAAUUUAGCUGGUAGGACAGAGGGUAAUGUUUUUGACGUUAUUCAAGGAAUGGAAGAGUUGGGUUUGUCGCAGGGGUUUGCUGGUGCUUCCAAUGUUGAUCAUUGUCUUGCCAGUUCGGGUAUUGUUAGGGAGAUUGUUCAGUAUAUUGGCGAUGCAGAGGAUAUCCCAUUUGUUUAUUCUAUUCCUCCUUUCCCAGUUGCUAGAGAAAGGAAGCCCGUGCCAAGUUUUUUCCAGAUUUGCGAGGAGUCUCCUGCGGAGCAUAUCCCGGCUUGGUUACCUGCUUUUCCUGAUCCCCAGACUCAUGUUCAGUUGCCUGCUGGGAAUGAAGGAGAUGCUGUUUUUAAUGCUGAUAAGAUUGAGCCUGCAAGGCAUCACCUGAAGAUGGAUAUGUCUUCCAUGAAUUUGCCACAACAUUUUACUUGCAAUGGUUCUGGAGGACCUUCCGCUGUUACAUUUGUUAACAGUGCUAGAGCAACACAAGGGACUGAGAGUAACCCGUUUCUUGCUGCUCCUUUGCAAUUUGGAGAGAAGGAAGUGUCCCACCUUGUUCCUCCAGCUAGGCUUUCUGACGAAGCUGCUGUGAGAUAUCCAGUUGAGCAAAACCGUAUAAUGGAUAACCAUAUAUCAGUACUGGAGACAUUUGCUCCUGCCAUUGAAGCAAUGAAGAGUAGGUUCUGCGAUUCUGAGGAGGGACAGAAGAAGGUGCUUUUGAAUCAAAGACCUGCUGUGCAAUUUAAGAUUCAGGUUGGAAAGAAUUCCUUGGCUGGAGCACCAGAUUUGAGCCCUCAGAAAAUUGGCAUUGAGAAGAUCAGCAAGUGGUUUGGGAAGGAUAGUGAGAAUGAUGAUAAGAAAAGGAGAGCUGAGAAAAUUCUAAAGCAAUCUAUGGAAAACCCAAGUGAACUGGGUGAGUUGUAAAUUAGGUUUUAUUAGAAAUUGUACACUUGUUUAGGAAACUGGCAACAGAAGCUGGUUCCAGAGUAGUUAAGAUCAUUGACUUAUGGUUACGUCAUAUGGUUCUAAAGAUUGGGAAUUACAAUCUACAAUAGAGAACUGUUCUCACUUAAGCAAGUUUUAGAGGUAUGUGAAUGCCAGUUUGUCAUCAUAUGCAGUUGUUAGUAAUUGAUUCUUUUUAGUUGAAAAA